AUGUCCUCUUUCCGUGAUACGUUCACCAAGGACGAGCAUAAGGAGGGAACGCUGGCCUACGAUGACUCGGCCUUUUUUUUCUUCGCUGGAGCGGUUUUAUGCUGCGUUGUGGUGCCGUGGACCUACAGCAUCAUCUACAGUUUGAUAUGGCCCGAGCAUAAGGUUCAUGACGAGCAGUGGCCGUUGUUCAGCGAGAAGGGUUCUAAGCUCAAAUACUGUAAGUCGUCUACUAUGGUUGAGAAGGUGGAUGAGUGUAAAGCCGAGGAGAAGAGAUGGUCGAAGCGCUUCUCGAAGGGUUUUUGGAUUCGCGCGGUUGUGCUGUGCUCAUUGUGGUAUCUGCUAGGGCUCACCGCAGUACACUGUAUGAACUCGGAAGUUGAAGUGAAGUCAUUUGAUCCUUUUUCGAUUCUCGGCAUUGAAAUUGGCGCCACAGAUGCUCAGAUUAAGAAGGCUUAUCGAAAGCAAUCAUUGAUUUACCAUCCCGAUCGGAACCAAGGAGAUCCUUUGGCAAAUGCCAAGUUCAUUCAAAUCUCGAAGGCUUAUCAGUCGCUCACGGAUGAGGUCGCCAAGGCUAAUUAUGAGAAGUACGGCAAUCCUGAUGGACCGCAGACGAUGAAGAUUGGUGUUGGUCUGCCAUCCUUCUUAUUGGAGCAGCAAAACCAAGUCGUCGUUUUGAUCAUUUUUUUCUUACUGCUUCUCUUCGUCAUCCCUGCGGGAUUCAUCUACUACUAUCAGCGGCAGAAAUUAUACGCCCCCAAUGGAGUUAUGGUGGAGACGCUACAGUUCAUGGGGUAUUACCUUACUGAGGCGACGCGAGUGAAGAAUGGUCCUGAACUUCUAUCGUGUGCUGCGGAGUCUCGUACGUUGGACAGCGACUUGAAUGAUGACGCGGAAAUGAAACCACUGAUUGGCGCGGUCCAAGAACCAAGGAAGCCCCACUUCGAUCGUCCAGGGGUUAUCAGGCGCAAUAGGAUUCUCAUCGAGGCCCACAUGCAGAGGCUACAUACUCUUAUGAGCUCCCGACUGAGAGCCAUCACUGACACUCUGGUGGUUCGGCUGGUGCCGGUGGUCCAAGCAAUGGUAGAGAUCUCGGCGAUGAGGGAGUGGUUGCCGACUUGUAUGAGUAUGGUGGAGUUGCUGCGCUGUCUGGUGCAGGCACUUGAUCAACGAUGCAAUGCAAUGUACCAGGUGCCUUAUUUUGAUGGAGAAAGGGCCCGACAUGCUACUAAGAACAAGCCUAACACUGCUACCGCUUUCAAGGACUUCCUUAACUCUGAUAAAACUGGGAAGGACCGAAAGGGUUGUGCCGACAUGAACGAACAGGAGCUUGCUGAUGUCGAGGCGUUUGUCCAACAUGUGACGAGGAUGAAAAUUGAGACUAAGGUUGAGGUUGUUGAUGAGAAUGAGAUUGUUGAGGGUGACGUUGGAACUCUGGUGAUAAAAUUGGAUCGCGAGAAUCUGCAGAAGGGCGAGGCGGCUGGACCAGUGCAUGCACCGUAUUAUCCUAGAGCUAAAUUCGAGGAGUGGUGGAUUUUCCUAGCCAUCACUGACACUCUGGUGGUUCGGCUGGUGCCGGUGGUCCAAGCAAUGGUAGAGAUCUCGGCGAUGAGGGAGUGGUUGCCGACUUGUAUGAGUAUGGUGGAGUUGCUGCGCUGUCUGGUGCAGGCACUUGAUCAACGAUGCAAUGCAAUGUACCAGGUGCCUUAUUUUGAUGGGGAAAGGGUAGUGUGGGAGAUUGGCGGCGCGGUUAUGAUGUUAGUUUCUCACAGUGGAGACCCGGGAUCGAACCUCGGUUGUGCCGACAUGAACGAACAGGAGCUUGCUGAUGUUGAGGCGUUUGUCCAACAUGUGACGAGGAUGAAAAUUGAGACUAAGGUUGAGGUUGUUGAUGAGAAUGAGAUUGUUGAGGGUGACGUUGGAACUCUGGUGAUAAAAUUGGAUCGCGAGAAUCUGCAGAAGGGCGAGGCGGCUGGACCAGUGCAUGCACCGUAUUAUCCUAGAGCUAAAUUCGAGGAGUGGUGGAUUUUCUUAUUGGACGGCCACAGUGGGCGUUUUAUGGCUAUGGAACGAUAUCGAUCGUUGGAGAAGGAGGGAGAGGUGAAGAUCCUGUUCCCGAUCCGCGAGGCUGGCAAGCAUCAGUUUAUGCUGCAAAUCAUGUGCGAUUCGUACGCUGGUCUGGACCAGCGCAUACCAGUUGAGUUUACUGCGUUGAAGAAGGAUGAGGUUAAGCGCGAGGUGAUUAUACAUCAAGAGGAUGUUGAUAUAGAUCUGGCUCCAUCUCUGUUCCAGCAAAUGAUGGGUGCCGAGGUGGACUCGGACGAUGAAUACGAAUCGGAUGACGAAGAGGAAGAUAAGAAGCCCAAGCCUCAGACAGAAUCACCACCGAGUAUUGUCACUGACUUUGAUCGCACUUUGACGAGCCAUUAUGUCUCCCCUGGAGUUGCUGGGCAAUCGUGUCACGGCAUUUUCGAGACUUACCCCAAGUUCACCGAGGACUUUUUCCUCAAGUCGCGAUCGCUUGUGGAGAAAUACCACCCUAUAGAAAUGGACCCGAACAUGGCACGUGAAGAGAAGCACGAGCAUAUGGACUUUUGGUGGGCGGAAUCGGAAAAGCUGAUAUGUGAUCAGGAGGUCUACAAGCACGGUGUAGAAGAUGUUGUGGAUUUUUCACGUCGAACUGGCAAAUUCGCCCUUCGAGCAAUGGCGCCAGAAAUGCUGCGAUUGGCGCAUGCAGACGGAAUUCCGGUGACGAUCCUCAGUGCUGGGAUCGGGAACAUCAUCGAAUACGUUCUGAAAGGCUACGACGCUCUUUUCCCCGAUAAUACGACUAUCGUGUCAAACAUAAUGCAGUUCGAUCCCAAAACUGACAGAGUGUUGUCCUUUCGUGGACCACAAAUUCACUGCCUCACGAAGAAAUCAGCGCUCACUGAUUACAUCAGGCAUGAUGAGCAGCGCAAACAGCGUCAUAACGUCAUCUGUCUGGGAGAUCUCAUUGCAGAUGUUGAUUUCAUCGAUUCUGUACCGGAAGUACACACUUCUAUUGCCAUCGGAUUUCUGGCGGACUCCCCUGAGUCCUCUCCAAAGGCGAAGAAACUGCUAGAGCAUUACUUGGACUACUACGACAUCGUGGUUACUGACGAUGGGUCUAUGGACGUCGUUUUGGCGGUUCUCCAGACUGUUGCUGCGCCGCCCAGCACCCAAUAA